UCCUUUCCUUUUUGUCAUCCCCUUUUCAUAAACAGAGAUACAGAGAGAUAAAAGGCUUAAUCACUGGGGUUUGUUGUCUAGUGUCUCUUUUUCUUGUUUGAAUAUCAAAUUUGAGGGUUUGUUUAGUUGAAAAUCAUGAUUCAUAGUUGUUUAACAGAUUGUUAAGUGGAGGUUUUGAGUCUGUGUCAUAAUCAAGUUAGUUGUCCUCUAAUAAUUCUUGUAGAAUAUGGGUGUUCUUCGAUCAAUCUAAAGGUUUUUUGAUCUUUUUGGUUCUCUUGAAGGUCUUGGAAGUGGGGGUUUUUUAGUUUUGAAGAAAACAAAAGAAUGAGAAGAUCAAAGGAGAACUAUCCAGGCCACUUUGCACCUCCAAACGGUCAUGAUGGGCUGGGAAUGGGAGGUGUCACGAUGGUAAAGGACAUGGGGCAAAAUCAAAGAAGAGCUCUGAGUAGCAUCAAUCAGAACAUUAUAGGAGCUUCCCUCCACCACCCUUGUUUGGUUAAGAAAAGAGAAUUUGCAGGGAAAGAUGCACUUUGCAAUAAGAAGUCGGCUCUGGAGCAAAGACCAAAUGCAAGGCGUUUGGCUACAGAAACGGACACUAAGAACCAAACUAAGCUGACACUCAAGCCUGGUGGUCUGGAGGAUUGCAUAAUCACUAAUGUGGAAGAGUUCGAGGAUGCUAGCGAUGUCAUGGUCCCUAUGUUUGUGAAGCACGUAGAAGCAGUGCUAGAUGAAACUGACGGAAUGGAGUUUGAAAUGGAAGAUGUGGAGGACUCUAUCAUUGAUAUUGACAGAAAUGAUUCGAAAGAUCCACUUGCAGUUGUUGAAUAUGUAGAUGACAUCUAUGCUUAUUAUAGAGAAACUGAGGUUUCUUACUGCGUCUCUCCAAAUUACAUGGACAGGCAAUUUGACAUCAAUGAAAAGAUGAGGGCCAUCCUCAUUGAUUGGCUUAUUGAGGUUCACUACAAAUUUCAGCUUAUGGAUGAAACAUUGUUCCUUACCAUCAAUCUCAUCGACAGAUUCUUGGAGCGUUGCACUGUGAUCCGAAAGAAGCUUCAAUUGGUUGGCAUGACAGCCAUGUUAUUAGCAUGCAAGUAUGAGGAGGUUUCUGUCCCAUUAGUGGAGGAUUUUGUUCUGAUUUCAGAUAAGGCUUACACGAGGAAGGAUGUUCUAGAUAUGGAGAAAUUAAUGGUGAACACUUUACAAUUCAGCAUGUCUGUGCCAACUCCAUAUGUAUUCAUCAGGAGAUUUCUCAAGGCUGCACAAUCUGAUAAAAAGCUGGAAUUUCUCUCCUUCUUUCUCAUUGAGCUAUGCCUGGUGGAAUAUGAAAUGCUCAAGUUCCCACCAUCUCUGCUAGCUGCAGCAGCAAUUUACACGGCACAGUGCAGUAUUUGCCGGUUCAAAAAUUGGAGUAAGACCAGUGAGUGCCAUACUAAAUACUCAGAAGAUCAGCUACUGGAAUGCUCGAAAUUGAUGGUUACUUACCAUCAGAAGGCUGGAUCAGGAAACCUCACGGGAGUUCACAGAAAGUAUAGUGCAUACAAGUUUGGGUAUUCGGCAAAAUCUGAGCCAGCACAGUUUCUCCUGGAUCUUUGACACAACUGCUAGACGGUUAAGAAUGUUAAGUUGCAACAGCAAGCAACUCAACAACAGAAGAUGAGCAUCUUCAUUGUGAAAACUAAAAAACCUGUGUUCAUUAUUGGGAUUAUCUUUAAACUUUGGAGAGUUCUAACCUCUCCCAUUUCUGAUGAACUCUUCAGAAUUCUAAAGCAAGGGUUUUCCUUUUUCCCCA